UUGUUGAGCCGCCGUCCCACAGUAAAGAUGGUGGGCAUGAGUGUUCUCAGGUCUGCUGCUGCUUUUGCAGCCAGACUGAGUCCUCUGAAAUCGGGAAAUAAUGCGGCAAAUUUGCUCACUCGAACAAUCCCACGGACAGAUAAAGUGGCUGUUCGUUGGGGCCAUGGGAAGAAGAUGUUUGUCAUCAAACCUACUGACUUCUACGACAGGAGAUUUCUGCGCGCGUUGCAAUAUUACAUCCUGCUGACUGGCAUUCCUGUGGCGGUCAUUGUCACGUGUGUGAAUAUUUUCAUCGGUGAGGCGGAGCUGGUUGAAACUCCUGAGGACUACGAACCCGAGCACUGGGAGUACUACAAGCACCCCAUCACCAGGUGGAUUGCACGGACCUUCUACGAUUCCCCAGUGAAGGACUAUGAAAAGAUGAUGGCUGCUAUCCAAGUGGAGAAAGAAAAGGCAGACAUGAGACUGGCACAGCUGGAGGUGCGUCGACAGAUGAGGCAGAAGGGAGACGGACCCUGGUACCACGUGAAGACCCUCAGCAAGGAGCUGGUUGACUACAGCCCCAAAUCAACACCUGACAAUUAAUCCAGACGUCAUCUGUACGUCAUGCUGUUAAAUCUCACUGUUUGUACAUUUUUCCCUCCUUGCGUAAAUAAAGUAUCUAUCUACUCUAA